AUGGCCCCCGACCGUCUCCGGUUCCCCAUGCACCACCCAAACUUCCAGUUCGGAAUGUUCCCGGGCGUCCAGCAACACCUGAUCCCUCCCCACCCCACCGUCACCUUGGCACACCAAGCCCAACACAUGCCCAGAAUGCAGGCCCCGCCCAUUGCCCCAGCCACGCCCCAAGCCCCGCCCACCCCCGCCUUGACGUUCUCACAGGAAGAGCUAGACAUGGUUCUCUACGGCUACACCAGGGGGCGCUCCUCUGACAGGUACCACGGACACGCCCUCUCAGGCCUCAAGUUUGGGGAACUGAGUCAUGGCAUCGACAAGAUUUUGUCUGGCCAGAGAGACUCACCGGAUAGUCACAACACGUCCGGCAGUUGUUGUUGUUGCUGCUGCUGUUGUUGUUCGCACAUGAAUGUUAAACCAAACAUUCUCCCUACCUUCACAGGAGUGACCAUCUACCAGACACGUUUCGCCGGCACCGUCCACAUGGGUGUCUUCUGUACCAAAACCGUCAUCUCUCGGGGCACCAGAUACGGCCCUUUCAAGGGGAAAGUGGUUCACACAAGUGAGGUGAAGACAGACGAUGACAACACGUGCAUGUGGGAGGUGUUUCAGGAAGGCAAGUUAAGUCACUUUAUUGACGGUCGGGGCAACACCGGAAACUGGAUGUCUUACAUCAACUGUGCUAGGUACGCGCAGGAACAGAAUCUGAUAGCCAUACAGGUGGAGGGAGAGAUCUGGUACGAGGCGUGCAAGGACAUCCCACAAGGCACAGAGCUCUUGGUCUGGUACGGUGACUGCUAUCUACAGUUCAUGGGGGUCCCGGUGGCGCUGAAGGAAAUGGCGGAUGGUGGGGCGCAGGAGGAGGCGGACAGUGAGUCCAGUGAGGGCUUCCAGUGUGAGCGUUGUGGGAAGGUGUUCGCCUACAAGUACUACAGAGACAAACACCUCAAGUACACGCGCUGUGUGGACCAGGGAGACCGGAAGUUCCCGUGUCAUCUCUGCACCAGAUCGUUCGAGAAGCGAGACCGACUGCGCAUCCACAUCCUUCACGUGCACGAGAAACACCGGCCUCACAAGUGUCUAGUCUGUGGGAAAAGCUUCAGUCAGUCCUCCAGUCUCAACAAGCAUAUGAGGGUACACAGUGGUGAGAGACCGUACAAGUGUGUGUAUUGUAACAAAGCCUUCACCGCCUCCAGUAUUCUUCGCACUCACAUUCGGCAGCAUUCUGGGGAGAAACCUUUCAAGUGCAAACACUGCGGCAAAGCCUUCGCCUCCCACGCCGCCCACGACAGUCACGUGCGCAGAACUCACGCCAAGGACCGGCCCUGCAUCUGCACCAUCUGCGGCAAAACCUUCCAGCAGGCUUAUGAGCUCAAGUUCCACAUGAGCUCUCACGUCUGACAGACUAUAUAUAGCAUCAUGAGCUAUCCCACGUGACAGACCAGAGCAACAUGAGAUCCCAUGUGACAGACUAUAGCAACAGCAUGAGAUCCCGCGUGAUAGACCAGAGCAACUUGAGAUCCACACAUGAUAGACCACGACGACAACGUGAACCCCCACGUCUGAAAGACCAUAACAACAAAAUGAGCUCUCAAAUGACAGACCACAACAACGUGAGCUCUCAAGUCUGACAGACUAGCUCAAGAGCUCUCACGUGACAUACAAAUGUACUGCAACAACAUGAGCCCCCACGUCUGACAGACCACACCAAGAACAGCAUGAGCUCCCACGUGACAGACUACAACAACAUGAGUUCUUACAUCUGACAGGCUUGCUUCG